CGAUGCACUUGGCUCGAGUUGCGAGGAAUUCGCAGGACAAGCACGCUCAAUCACACCCGCGAAGGCGCGCUGAUCUGUCGCACAGGGGCGUUUCUUUGGUCGAUCGAUUGAUCUCUGAGAAGCGAUGGCGGACGACGCGUUCAACCUCCCCGGCGCCGGCGAGGAGGAGGAGGAGGAGGUGAUGGGAGACCUGGAUGAGGACGAGGCCAUGAAGGACCUCGACGCCGGGGAGGGGGAGGACGAGGACUACUUCCCGGCGACCAUGAAGGUCGGGGAGGAGAAGGAGAUCGGGAAGCAGGGGCUCAAGAAGAAGCUCGUCAAGGAGGGCGAGGGCUGGGACCGCCCCGAGACCGGCGACGAGGUCGAAGUGCAUUACACUGGCACCCUUCUCGACGGAACGAAAUUCGAUUCCAGCCGUGACCGUGGAACCCCCUUCAAAUUCAAGCUCGGACAAGGGCAAGUGAUAAAGGGAUGGGACCUGGGAAUCAAGACCAUGAAGAAGGGUGAGAACGCGGUCUUCACUAUCCCUCCAGAGCUCGCCUAUGGUGAGACUGGCUCGCCACCGACGAUCCCACCGAACGCAACGCUUCAGUUCGACGUUGAGCUCCUUUCAUGGGCCAGCGUCAAGGAUAUCUGCAAGGAUGGUGGCGUCUUCAAGAAGAUAGUUACUGAAGGGGAAAAAUGGGAGAAUCCCAAGGACCUUGAUGAAGUUUUUGUUAAGUACGAGGCGAGACUUGAGGAUGGAACUGUUGUGUCCAAAUCUGAUGGUGUUGAAUUUGCUGUCAAAGAUGGUUACUUCUGCCCUGCGCUUGCCAAGGCUGUGAAAACCAUGAAGAAGGGUGAGAAGGUCCUCCUCACUGUCAAGCCACAAUAUGGCUUUGGGGAACAAGGAAGACCGGCUUCUGGAGAUGAGGGCGCUGUGCCCCCCAAUGCUACCCUGCAUAUAGAUCUUGAGCUGGUGUCAUGGAAGACGGUGACACUUAUUGGAGAUCGCAAGAGGAUUUUGAAGAAGGUCCUCAAGGAAGGCGAAGGAUAUGAGCGUCCUAAUGAUGGAGCAGUAGUGAGAGUGAGGCUUAUUGGCAAGUUGGAGGAUGGCACUGUCUUUGUAAAGAAAGGGCAUGAUGGUGAAGAGCCAUUUGAGUUCAGGACGGAUGAGGAACAGGUUAUUGAAGGGCUUGACAUAACGGUGGUUAACAUGAAGAACGGAGAGGUUGCGUUGGCGAGGGUACCACCUGAACAUGCAUUUGGGUCUGCUGAAACGAAGCAAGAUCUUGCUGUGGUUCCUCCUAACUCCACUGUCUUCUAUGAAGUGGAGCUUGUUUCCUUCGAGAAGGACAAAGAAUCAUGGGAUCUAAAGAGCAACACUGAGAAGAUUGAAGCAGCUGCCAAGAAGAAGGAUGAAGGCAAUGCCUGGUUUAAGAUGGGCAAGUACGCCAAGGCUUCCAAGAGAUAUGAGAAGGCUGCAAAGUACAUCGAGUACGACAGCUCCUUCAGCGAGGAGGAGAAGAAGCAAUCUAAAGCUCUGAAGAUAAGUUGCAAGCUCAACAACGCCGCGUGCAAGCUGAAGCUGAAGGAAUACAGAGAAGCAGAGAAACUCUGCACUAAGGUUCUGGAACUUGAGAGCACGAAUGUUAAAGCCCUAUACAGAAGGGCGCAGGCAUACAUCGAACUUGUCGACCUGGAUCUGGCAGAGCUGGAUAUCAAGAAGGCCCUUGAAAUUGAUCCUGACAACAGGGACGUGAAGCUGGUGUACAAGACCCUAAAGGAGAAGAUGAGGGAGUACAACAGACGGGACGCCAAGUUCUACGGCAACAUGUUCGCGAAGUGGAGGAAGCUGGAGCACAUGGACACCAAGAAGGUGCCCGGGAAGCAGGAGCCCCAGCCGAUGGCCAUCGACAGCGCUGCGUGAGAGAGCUCCGAGUCCGUGUGCCAUGCGUCUAUGGUCACCGGUGUCGUCCGUCAAAAAUGUCUUGUUUUCCUGCUACCGUGCGCCCAUGUGUACUCAGCUGCGUGCUUGAAGCAGUUUGAUCGUUUGCUGCUGGAUAUUCAUGUUACCGUGGUGUCUCAGCUGUGGUAAAUCAAGUAUCACUAGCAGGCUUUUGCGGUGUACGGGACAUGCAUUUCUUCUAUACUAUGGCAUAAGAAAAGAAAAUAGCGAUGGGACCUGUUCUCUAGCUCUAUCAGCAUUUGCUCUUGCUCACCAUACAUUUCUUCCUUGAAUCA